AUGAUUUCUCACGGCGGUCCACCAUCAUCCACUCAUUCGGAUUAUCACACAACAACAUCACCCAAAGGAACCACUCAUCGAUUCCUCAUUGCUUUUCUCGUUGUUUCCAUCAUUUUUAAUCUAGUCAUGUUACUCUCGUGGUCAACAUCUCGUGACCGACCAUCCAACGACCUCUCCCGAAGAGAAUCCUUUCAUUCAUUCAAUCCAAUCAUGUAUAAACAAUGUCCAUAUCUGAAUGAUUUUGAAAAUUUCAUGAUGAACAAAUUUCCCGAAAAGGAAAAACAAGACAUGUGGAAUAUUUUACAUUUUAUGGUUUCACAAGAAGAAAGGAAUGAUUACAUGAAAAAUUCCGCAAAUAGAGAUGUGAUUAAUUUCGGAGUUCCACACAUUGUCACUGCCACCUCUCAUGAUUAUUUCGAUCGAUUGGAAAAUUUUGUUGGUUCCAUUCAUCGACUCUAUGAACACAAAGUGAAUGCCUUGUCCAUUAAUCCUCAAGUCACUUCACCUCCUGGAUACAGCAAUGAUGAAAAAAUUACAAGAAUUGGACAAACCUUUAAAUCUCAAAUGAGAUCCAAUUAUUGGUUGAUUUGGAACAGUGUGGUCACUCCUGAACAACGACCCAUUCUCGUCUAUGAUUUGGGUCUUUCACAGGAACAACGUGAAAAAGUCAAUUCUUGGAAAAAUGUUCAACUCAUUCCACUCAAUUUUAAUGUAUUACCUCAACAUUUUAGAGAUUUGAAAACAUUUGCAUGGAAACCACUCGUCAUGUAUUUGGCACUUCAACAAUUUUCUUCAAUUAUUUUUCUCGACAGUGGUGUUGAAUUGUGGAAUCGACUCGAUCGAAUUGAGGACAUUCUCCUCACGAAAGGUUAUUUUCAUGUGGUACAAGAAGGUUUAACCACAGCAUGGAGAUGUUGUGGAACGAUUGGUGAAUUAACACACGAUGCGACCUUUCAUUAUUUGGGAUUAAAACGUGAAGAGUAUGGACCAAAGGAAAUGUGUAGCGGUGGAAUUCAAGGUUACAUUCGAGAUUCGUAUUCGUAUCGAAAUGUGUUAAUUCCAACAUUGGAAUGUGCAUGGGAUGUGAAUUGUAUUGCACCCAAAGGUUCGAGUCUUGCAAAUCAUCGACAAGAUCAAUCUGUGUUUUCACUCAUGAUACACAAAGCAGGAAUUACAUGUGAAAAAGAUAUUCGAUUAUGGGGAAAUCGAGGUAAUUACAUGGCUGUUCCAAAAGAGGAAAUUGUCAUUUUUUUACGAAAAGGAGCUGAAGGAAAGCAAUACAUUGGACAAGCUCAGAAAAAGAAGAAAUUUGCCAUUGUCGUUCCAUUUGCAGAAAAACAAGUUGCUAGCGUGUUGGAAAAUAUUAAUAUUUGGAAUCAACCUUACUAUGAACCUUGUCGACAACAUCCUUCCACAAGUCAUGAAGAAGAUCUCACAGAGACUGAUUUAAUUUUCUAUUCAAAUCGACAACGAAAUGAGAACAAUGAAAAGGCCAUUCUCGAUCGAAUCCAUAGUUUGACCAAAAAUUCACACAAUGUCAUUCUCAAAUGCUUUAAGAAUAUUUCAUUUAAAUAUGCAGGAUUGGACAAUGCACGAGAUCAAUAUCCAGCAGGACCAAGUAAUCAAUUUUAUGAUUUAAUUCAUGACGAAUUGUUUCAUUCGACAUAUAGUCACUUUUUCUAUAUGGAACCUGAUUGUCGAGCCAUUCGACCUAAUUGGGUCAACGCUGUGAAAUCCAUUGUCAAAGAAUAUUCCAUUUCAAAACCUGAUUUCUGGUAUAUUGGUUCCAAUUAUCGAGGAGAUGUGGAUUUAGGAGCACCAUUGGAAUAUCGUUAUCACAUUAAUGGAAAUGCCAUUUAUUCGACCGAUGUGUCAUUUCGAGCGUUUUUAAAACACAUUUCAGGAGGACAUAAUUUUGCCUACGACACCGAUCCAUUCAAAUUCUUGUUUGAACAGAAACAUUAUGAUUUUACAAAACAUAUUUGGAGUAGAAUUAUUUUCCAUGAUUUUGUGCAAAAUUGGUGGCACUCGAGUUGGAAUGAGAAAACAGUGAGAGAUUUGUAUCCUAGAACAUAUUUUGUUCAUGGUGGUUCUAAAGAUUAA